GGUAUUCUUGUUUCUGAAAAGACCGACUUACAAACCACUUUAGCACAGAUACAAAAGAAACUUAAAGUCAAAGAUGGCGAAUCCUCUGAACUGACUGAACGAGUUCAAAAGCAGCGGCAUCAAUCUGCUGAAAAUGAGCGAGUUAUAGCAAUGCAGAAAAGCAAAAUCGAAAAAUUUGCGGAGGAAAACAACGAGCUCCGAAAAGAUCGCGAUAGAGUUCAGACGAUCAAUUACACUUUGAGUCGUGAGAAAGAGGACUUAACUCAACAAGUAUCUGAAAUCAAAAAUAAACUUCAACGCAAGAUGGACGAAUGUUUAAUAUUAGAAAGAUCUCGGGACGAAAAUACGAGAAAUUGAGCGAGAAACAAGACCUUAUUCAACAGCUGACCAAUAAUUCUUCAACAUCUGCGGUUCAUGAAUUAACUUCGGCACUUAAACUUGAAAAUGCCGAACUUCAAGAUCAAUUACAAAAGCAAACAGAAUCGCUGCAACGACUGGCUGCCGAUAAAGGACAGACAAUUGAACGACACAAUCAAGAAAUCGAACAGUAUGAAUUCAAAGUUCAGAAACUUGUUGAAAUGAAUAAGCAGUUGGAGAAGCAAACUGUAGAAUGGAGUGAGAAGAAAGACGAUUAUGAAAAAAUCAUAAUUGAACUCAGAAGAACAAUUGAUGAAUUGAAAGAUGAAGAGGCAAGUCAACAAUCCGAAGCGACAAAGCUUGCUGCACUUGAGAUUCAAAAACUUGCAGAGGAAAAAGAAAAACUGUCAUCCUUUCUACAACAGCAGAGCGAUCUUAAUGAUAAACUAAAUGGAGAAAUAUCUACAAGUGAAGCAAAGUAUGCUCAGCUGGAAAAGAUGAUGGUGGAAAUGAGUCGGGAAUCAGAAGAUAAACGAGAACUAUUGGAUAGUAUUCAGAGCGAUAAGGAAACGAUCAGCAAAGCUUUGUCUCAAAAUAAAGAGUUGAAAGAGCAACUGCAUCAACUGGAGACGCGAUUUAUUGAAAUGAGCAACGAUAACAUGGAGUUGACAAGCUUGCUUGACACUGAAAAGCAUUCAAAUGAGAACAUGCGACAACAAUUACGCAAUAUAAGUUUGGAGCUCGAGGAAAGUCAAAGUCAGUUAUCUCAAAGUCAUCUUGAUCUCGAUAAUGUAAAGAAAAACUUACAUGAACAAAUUGAAUUGAACGAAAAGCAGCGAGAAUACGAAGCUGAAAAGCAUCUUACUGAUGUUUUACAUGAGGAAUUAAAAUCUGCUCGGACUACAAUCGAUCAACUCUCUUAUCAAAACAAUGAAUUGAAGCAACAAAUGAACUCUGAAAAACGCAUUCAACUUCUUCAACACGAGAACAUGAAUCCACUGGGUAUUGUUACCGACGGUGAGAACGCCAGUCAAAUGCCGGAUCUCGUUCUCAAAACUGGAGAUGUCCGUUAUGAAAGCGAACCAAAUGUCAAGCCUGACACGUCUGACGACGAAAACAGCUGGACAAGUGAGGAUAGUGAGCCUGCAAUAUCUCCACGCAAGACCCUCAGCGAUCGAGAGGAUUUGGUGGAUUCGAUGUCAGCGUCUAUAAGGCAGUUGGAAAUGGAACGAGAUCAACUACGUCAUGAACUCAAUGGAAUUGCAAAGCGCACCGAAGCGGAGAUCAACCAUCUUCAACAACACAUGGCGCUGCAGAUUCACCAAGAGGUUCAACAGCGUCAGCGCGACUUACUCGAGCAAGUUCACGAACAGCUACAGGAGCAGCAACAACAAAUCAACGCCUUACAGAUGCUUGUUCAAAAACAGAAAUUGCAAAUCGAAAAUCAGGACGUCGCCUUGGACGAACUGAACUUGGAGAACUCCUUCGUGCCAUACGAGCUUCUGAAACCGGCGUUUUCCAAGUUGCAGAAACGAUUUUUAAAGCUUAUGGACGAAAAAGCUGAAUUAUUGGAGAAAGUGAACGAACUAGAACACGUUUGUCAGCAAUUAUCAGCUGAAACUGAAACAAUAGGGGAAUACAUUUCGUUGUAUCAAAUGCAGCGAACUGCCCUGAAAAAGUACUAUCACGAAAGAGAAAAACUGAUUACUACUUUGUCAAACGAACGGUCUCAAAUGCAGGCUAAAAUCGCGGAAUUGCAAUCCUUGGUUUUUCAAAAAAUACACAUGGGAUCAAACACUAUUGAAGAAAAAGUGACCGCCCAGACAUUAAGCAAUCAAGUAGACUUAGAUCUGGAACAGGGAGCACUAGAAAGUAAGAAAACUGCAUCCUUGAAUGGUCCGAUAAAUUCCGAUAAGGUAUCGAGUGACUCAUCGCUUGGACUCAAUGAAGUAAAUCUGGAAGAAUUUUGCGAGAAAGACAGCACCACUCAACAAAUUCUACAAAUAUUUAAUCAGCUAAAUGUAUCCGAUGAAGAAACACCCGCGUGCUGGUUCUCGCCUGCCGCUCCCAAACCUCAAUUCACACCCUUUUUUCUGCAUUGUCGCAGUAAAGUCGUUGACUUAUAAAAUGAAGUAUCGAGGUAUACUGGAUCGUGUUGUAAACGACAGCCUUUGAUGUACAUUGCUUCACAGAAACAUAGAACUUUGUUUUUGCAUUAUUACGUUCUGCAUGUUUUAAAUGUACGUUUGUAUACAAAACGAGCUGAAACUUCAAUCUGUCGUGGAGAUUGUCGGUCAAUCGCGCAUAUAUUUAUUUGGCAUGGUGAGGGUAAAGGGCUAGCAUAAUCAUUUACACGAGUUUAAAAAAAAUGGUUUUACGUCUUUAUGUUAACAGGAAAGUGAUUAACGAUUAAAUGACAACACGAAA